UCACUCUAUCUGCCCGGGGAACAAUCAGAGGCAACGCGAGCGCCACUUGAAUGGAUUGUUGUCGGUGAAUAACUUUGCUCCUGGUUUCUCCCCUUUAGCCCUCUGCUCGUAUUUUCCGCAUUUCCCCCCUAAUAUUUACGAGUCCAAAUUGCACUAAAUGGUAUAUGAAUCACUUAUCACCACUCGGAAAAGUGUGUUAGCAGCAACAAACCCCUGAGGUCUGUGUGUGCGGCUUAACUUUUGCAAAGUGGGUGUCUUGGGGUCUGUUAAAAUCUGAAUGGACUAAUAUGAAGAGCCUGAAGGCAAAGUUUAGGAAGAGUGAUGUCCAUGAAUGGAACAAGAACGAUGAGCGUCUCCUCAGUGCAGUGGAGCAUGGAGAGGCAGAUAAAGUCACCACUCUCCUGUCGAAGAAAGGAGCCUGUCCCACCAAGCUUGACAGUGAGGGGAAGUCUGCUCUGCAUGUAGCAGCCACACAAGGUCAAGCCGAGUGCCUUGCUGUCAUCCUGACUUACGGGGCUGAUGUUUCUCUGCAGGACGCUUCAGGGUUUACUGCUUUACACCUUGCUGCCAAAAACAACCAUCCUGAGUGUGCCAAAAAGUUGCUUCAGGCCAAGUGUGUGGUGGAUGCACCUGACAGCUCAGGGAAGAUGGCUCUUCAUCAUGCAGCUGCCAGCGGAAACUCUGCGAUAGUUCAGCUUCUGUGCGAGCACAAGUGUCACGUCAAUCUUGAGGACUUGGACGGCUUAACGCCCCUGCUUUUGUCAGCUAGACAUGCACACGCAGAGGUUUGCCUGAGCUUAUUGGACUGGGGUGCUGACAUCAAUGCUAGAGACAAAAAUGGCAGAACCGCAGUGAUGUUUGCCAGUGAGAGCAGUUGUCCGGCCGCUGUCGAGAUUUUGGUGCAGAGGGGAGCUGACCUGCUCAUGGUGGACUCGCUCGGCCACGACGCGCUCCGUUACGCCAAACUGUCUGGCAACAGCGAGGUCCGAACCAUUCUCAACAAUGCCCUCCACAGACAGCAGUCGGAAUCAGGUCAUUUUAAAAAUAAGAAUUCAGUGAGAACCCCUCAGCAUGGUCAAAAGUUAAAUGAGGACAGAAGCUCCACUCCCAAAAAGAGAAAAGCACCUCCUCCUCCCAUUAGCCCAAUCCAGUCGGCUGGUAUCAUCUCACCACCUUAUUUUACACCAACUGAUACUCCUUUGUCCAGCAAAAGUGAUUCAUCCAAAAGAUUCAAUUACAAGGAGGAGGAGCUGAAAAGUAAUGUACUGAAGGAUGAGAUUGAGAAAUUGCAUGAGGAAAAGAGCAUGCUGCUUGAGACCAUUGAAGAUCUGAAGCAGAUUGUGGAGCAGACUGAGCCCAAGAUGGACCAGUCUGAGAAUGCAAAUUUGUCGCUGAUUGCAGCCCUACAAGCAAAGAUAGCUUCUCUCUCCCUGGAAAACCAGCAGCUUGCCCAAAUAAUAAAGAAACGUCCAGCUCCUCAAGGAGAGGAAGGCCAUGGAAAUUCCCGUCCAAACAGCAUCGAAUCCAAUGCCUCAUACCACUCUACCCGUGCUGAUUUUGAGCUCUCCAGCGACGUGCACAUCCACACGGAUGAAGAGGAUCUUUCAGAGAUGUCUGGUCUGGACAUUAGCAGUUCCUCAAUCAAACAUGAUAUGGAGGAGGAUGUGAGGUUGAGUACAGAUAAAGAAAUCAGACUGCUACGGGAUGCGCUGGAGAAUCUGCAGGCUAAACUUCUGGAGUCCAGAAUGGAAAACCACUCCCUUCAGGCGAGAAUAAACACGGGCUUUGAGAAAAUUGAAGUUGCGUCUAAAAGCAUGGAUGAAGAUACUCAAAAAUCCCAAGAAUCUUUGCAAGAGUUACAGCUGAGGGGAGAUUCUGUGAGUCCACAAGAAGACAAUGUGGUGCAGAAGUUUCAGUAUUUGAAAAGCUGCCUGGAGCAGGAGGUCAAAGAACUGAAGGGAAAGUUGGCCAGGUCACAGGAGGAGCAAAAGCAAGAUAGUUGUUUGAUAAGGGAUCUUCAGGCUCAGCUCAAAAGUGUCAGCCUAUCCGAAGUUGAGCGCCAAGAACUAAAGAACACCUACAACGUUUUAGUGGAGAACAUCAACCAGGAGAAGACGCUGCUGAUUGAGAAGUACAAAGAGUCUCAAGAAGAGAUCAAGAUGCUCCAGGAGGCCCUUCGUGGCACUGUACCAGUGGAGGCUGCUGCCAAAGACUUUGAGGAGAUGAAGGCAGAGCUUGGCGAGGUUAUCGAUGGGCUGCAGCGGCGGCUUUUGGAGCUCUCAAAAUCGUACAGCGAGGCCAAAAGCGAGCUCGGCGCUGCCCGCAACCAGCUGCUGGCCAAAGAAUCAGAGCCUAAGGACAAGGUUGACGUGGUCUGUGUUACCAAUGAGGAGCAUGAGCAGAGAAUUCAAGAGCUGACGUUCAAGAUGAAAGACAUGCAGAACAUUAUGAAGGACACUGAGGCUAAGCAUCAAGCGGCGCUAAAAGAAAUAGAGCAAGUUAAACAAGAUGCCGAAAACCAAGCUCAAUCGUCUGUAGCCAUUGCAGACCACACACAGGUCGUGGCAUCCUUGGGGAACGCUAUCAAGAACCUAGAGUUGGAAGUUGAAGUUCUUAAAGAGCAGCUUGCCCAGAAGACCUUGCAGGUGGACGCUUUGCAGAACAGACUGACAGUUGAGAAGGAUGUAACUCCAGAUGAUUCAUUAUCCCGGCAGGAAUAUGAGCAGAUGAGGGAGACACUGGAGGGUGAGAUAAGUCACCUGAACCACCUACUGAAGGAUGCUCUCAGGAAACAGGAUGAGAUGGCCUUAGAGGUGACCGCUGCUUGGCAGGAGGUGAGGGACGGCAGGAAUGAGAGAGAAGCGGCGCAGGAGCUGGCGGUUUGCAGGGAGCAAGAGUGCAGUGCAUUGAAUACCAGGUACAAGGAGGCUCAGGACAUCAUUGUCCAGCUGAAGAAGCAGGUUGAGAACCAUGUUAUCUCAGAGAGAGAGAAGAAUAAAAAGAUUGACGAGCUCUCAAAGGAAAUCAUGAAGUUGAAGGAUGCCCUGAACAGCCUGUCACAGCUGUCGUACACCACUAGCACCCCUAAGAGACAACAGAGCCAGCAGGUGGACUCGCUCCAGCAGCAGAUCAAACAACUGCAAUAUCAGCUUUCUGAGUCCAAGAAACACCAUCAUGAAAUUGUCUCAGUCUACCGGAUGCACCUUCUUUAUGCUGUCCAGGGCCAGAUGGAUGAAGAUGUGCAAAAGGCUUUGAAACAGAUACUUGUAAUGUGCAAAAUGCCAACCGAGGCCAAGUAAAGGAGCCAGUACUGCAGUUGUUCAUGAUUUGCCAAAAAACAAUGAUCAAAGGAAAUUCAUCUGAGAACUAAAGCCCAGAAUCCAUCAAUCAGAAUGACACAUGUAGUCAAGCAUUGCAAUUGCAAUCGUCAUUGGCUUUCCCCUGAUAUCUUUGAAACUUACAGCGGAUUUGAGUGAUCUAUGAAAAGAGGAAGACAAUUGAUGUGUGCACAAUGUCUUAGCUCAUGCAGUGCCAGACAAAAACAAAAUCUACAGUCAAUGAUUUUCUGAAAUCUAUUUUGAAAACAGUUUGUAUUUUUGCAUAUUGUCAACGAAUUUGAUCAGUAUUUGAUCCUGCUGCAAGGUAAUCAGAUUCGCAUUGAGGUAGAAUGAGCACAAUGUAUGUUCUAGUUUGUUUGCCUGCAGAGCAGUUCAUCACAAUGCACCUUACAAUUGCUUUUUCUUUUUUUCUUUUUCAGUUGUAGGAUGUGGAAUUUCUCAAAUCGUAGCUACCUGUAGUAUCUACGUGCCGUGAAAGUGAAGUGGCUCAGUGCUGUAGGAUAUGGUGACCUUUUUCAAUAGUUUUUAAGAACUCUCCACUUUUUCAGAAUAUGUGCUUUACAAAAUGUCUAUCCGCCAAAUGUCAGUUUUUCUUUGGUACCAGUAUUUACCUGCCAUUUCCAGGACACCUGAUGGGCUGUGUUUAUGUGCCUCUGCUCAUAUUUAACGCCCAUGGUAAUGUUUUGGAGACCAUAACAUUUGAACUGCACUAUAUAUACAUAUAUUUUUUUUUUGCAUUGUGCUUAGUUCAACCAGCCUGCUGCACUAAAACAUUUUAGUUUUACAGUUGAAUGUGCCUGCACAUCCCAAAUAUGUACUGUAGUCUGUAACCGUAAUGAAGUCAUCACACCUAAAACAAUUACUGUAGUUAGUUAUGAACUAAAGGCUUCAGUGACACAGUGAGGGGUAAGUUAGCCCUAGCACUUCAGUGUAGUUGUGGUUUUUACAACAAAUAAGGUUUGAAAAAGAUGAGAUUGUAGUUUGUCAGUUUAAGGAUAAACACACUUCCCCAAUUUAGGAGUUACUUAAAUGUGGGUCGUAUGAAGGAUUUUUUUUACACCUAAAGAGUAAACGCGCUUUGUUAGUGAUAAGAAAUAUACAGUAGCACUUGAAAACAUGCUAUUUACCUAUAGAGCAUGGUAUAGAUGUUAUUUUGUCCAUGCACUAAAGCCUUGCUCAUUACCUGGUUUAGUAUAAUUUUGUAGCUUUCUGAAUGUAAUUUGAGGAAAGCAUAUAAACCUGUUUAUAAGGAGUAAUUGCCUUCAUAGAGUUUUGAUGACUUUUUAUUAAGUAUCAAUUACCUAUGGAAAUGACCAUCUUUGCUUUUCGUUUAUCCGUUACCUCUCGUGAGAAUCUUGCAGUUGCAUGCAGAGUGCCAUUGCAAUAAAAAAAAAACACAUUUGUCAUAGAUCAUAUUAUAUAAGAAAAUAUUUCACAAGUAUCUGAUACUCCCGGUUUCUGAA